AUCUCGCGAUGGAGGGCGGAGGAGGUACACCCCCAGAAAUGCUCAAAGAAGAAAGUCAGUUAAAACAUGUUCUACCCACAAGUCUUGAAGCCAACAGUUUGAAGAAAAGCAAUUGGGGGUUCUUAUUUACUGGGAUUGUUGGCGGGACAGUAGUGGCAGUGUAUGCUGUAGCUACUCCAUUUAUAACACCAGCCCUCCGAAAAAUAUGCUUGCCUUUUGUACCUGCAACUACAAGGCAGGUUGAAAAUGUUGUGCAAAUGUUGCGAUGCAGAAGAGGAUCCCUGGUGGACAUUGGUAGCGGCGACGGACGCAUUGUGAUAGCAGCUGCCAAGGAAGGAUUCACAGCUGUUGGUUAUGAAUUAAAUCCAUGGCUAGUUUGGUACUCCAGAUACCGUGCUUGGCGAGAAGGUGUGCAUGGAUCUGCCAAAUUUUACAUUUCAGAUUUGUGGAAGGUCACGUUCUCGCAGUACUCAAACGUCGUUAUUUUUGGUGUGCCUCAGAUGAUGCCGCAGUUGGAAAAGAAACUUGAACUCGAACUUGAGGAUGAUGCGAGAGUCAUUGCUUGCCGCUACCCUUUCCCGCACUGGAUCCCGAACCAUGUCACCGGAGAGGGGAUAGAUACCGUGUGGGCAUAUGACGUGAGCACUUUUAGAGGAAAUCAAAAGAGGCCCUGAAAAUCGAUGCAUUUCCAGUCGGUCAUUCCAAUAUAAACUUUACUGAGAGUGCUUUUCAGAAAUGUUGGUGGUCAUCUUUGAUUUUAUAGAGACUUACAGCUGUGCCUUUAGCAACAGAGUGUAUUUUUCUUUGGUAUGAAAUGAGAAACUACUAUUACUUUCCUUACCUUUUUAGAGGAAACAAACAGAAGUUAAGAAGAACAGGUAGAUUUAAAGUCCCCUUUUGACUUUUCAUGCGCUUGGAUGCAUGAAAAUAUGAGUAAGUGCCGGUCGUGUUCAUGGGUAGGAAAGAUGUCAACAGCUCUUGACAUAAUAAACAAGGUGCUUUCAUGCCACAGAUGAGGAGAAACAACUUUUAAAGAAAGCAUGUAUAAGUAAAUGUUUGUGGUUUCCUAUAACUUUGUUCAUAUUUAAGAUUUAUCUUUUUUUUCUGUACUUCAUGGCAAAAUUAAUUUUCUAAAGAAUUCAGAGAGGCAUUUAUAUUUUAUAACAUUUAUUUAAAAUAAUUUGUUCCAAGGCUAGUGGAUUACUGUAUUUUAUCAAAUCUAAGCUGUAUAUAUGUAUAUGCAUAUAUGUGUGUGUAAUUGUGUAUAUACAUACACACAUUUUAACAUUGCUGAAAUUAUGACACACCUUUCAACUGAAGGUGUUUUAUAGGUUUAAAUGAUGGUGGUGUACAUUAUGAUGUAGUUUGAUAGCAUCUUAGAUUUGAUGAAAUAUGGUAUACAGAGACCACACAUGAUAUAGUGGAAUAGUUGGUAAUGAUUUAAUAGAAAAAUAAAUGAUUGUGAGCUUUGGUGUAAGCCUGACCUGGGUUCAGAUCCCUGCUUUGUCAUCAGCAAGAAGCCUUGGACACAUGACUUACUGUUUCUGAGCCUUGGUUUUCUGAGUAUCUCUCCCAUUGGACUAAUAAUACACUGAACAGGGGACUAGAGACCAAUUUGUAAAACUUGUAGCACAUAGUCUUUGGUCCAUAAAGGGUAUUUAUUAUUUUAGACACUUAAGGAAAAGCUUAUUCACAGAAGUUGCAGAUUAUUUCUGCUAGUCACUUCUUUAUUUUAUGAGAGCAGCCACUUAUUUAAUAAUUCUCAUUUAUGAGAGAGACUUAACUGAUUUAGAUAAAAGAUGAGUUAAGGAAACCCUUUGAAUGUGAGUAGACAAUCUUCAUAUAUCUGAAAAAUGAAUGUUGAAUGGUGGCAUGAAUAAUGCCUGCUUAUCACAGAAAAUAAUUGAACUCCCAGUCAUACACCUGUAACCUAAAUACAAAACCGUCUUAACAGAAAUUUAAUAAAGUAAGAUGAUCACAUCUUUAACUAAAUUUUAAAUCAAUUUGAUAAUUUUCGUUUAAAUGAGAACUAUCUGAGGACACAUUCAUUCAUUCAACAAGUAGGUAUGGAGUACCCACUGUGUACUGAGCUCUGUGAUUCCACAGUGAAUAGACAAGCAAAGACCCUGACUCAUGGAAUUCAUAUUCUAGAGAGGGAGACAAGCAAAUAAGCCAGCAGAUUUUAGUGUGUGUGAAGUUCUCUGAAGGAAAUGAAUGGUGUAAUACUAUACAGAGCAACCGUGUGUUUGAGAUGAGGGAAUGUGAUGUUGUGGACAUUUGUCAGGUUUUUGGCUGCUACCAUCUAACCUUUUCCCAACAGCCCCUGACUUCCUCAUGAAGAAUGAAUUUUCUCUUAUGGUGUAUAGUUUUGAUGGGAGGGCAGUUCUUCAUGUCUGCCUCUCACAGUCACCUUCCACCCUAGCCAGUCCUGACAUGUGUCUGGGCACACUUGGAGAGAGAUCCAGUGUAGCUACUUGCUGUGAGCAUGUGGUGGGUAGAGGCAGGGCUUUUUGGAACUUUGGAGGUAUUGUACAGUUUUCUAGAUGUGUUCCUGGUGGAUUUGUGGAGGCAUCGAGCUAUGUGCAGUCAUUUAUAAUUGCCAUUUUUGGAGUAUUGUUUUUAGCUUCCCAAGAAUUAGAUGGUACUUGGUCCUGCAAUCUCAGAGUAAAAAGGACUGUUUCAUAGAAGUGUGAUUCAUGGAGUCUGCAAGACCUUUAAUUGCUUUUUAAAAUUGUGGCUUGUUAAAUAAACUACAAUAAGGAUUUUUGCAUUGCAGGUUAUUAUGGCUUCUAAGGCUGGUUUGAAUUUUCAUCGGUUACUAGGUUAAGGACAUUGAUCAAAUUUGCACAUGAACAGGGCAGGGAAUGAGAGCUUCUUUGUUGGAUGUGAAAAGUAGGAUUCAUGAAUGUCUGUACAGAUUGAAAUCAGGGGCCAGGGCUACCUUGAUAAAAUUUAAAGUUAAAAAAAAAAAAAGAGACAGCUUUGGAUUGAUGUGGCCAACAGGAGCUGUGGUGAACAGACCUGGGGGUUUCCAUCCACAUGGGCCAAUUACUCCAGCACACUCCCAUCUGAGUGCAUAUUGUUCCAGAAGCAUGGCCCACAGGAAUGCAACCCUUGCAUCCCCAGGUGUGCCAGGUGGGCUCAGCCUGUUCUGCCAUUCACACUUUCCUUUUUUUCAAUUUUUUCAAUUUAUUUAUUUAUUUUAAAAAAUUUUUAUCGAAUCAAAAUCAAUUAUACAUAUUUUGGGGGUUCAACAUUGAGAUAUGUUGAUCAAAUCAAUAUUACUAGCAAAUAUAUUGUUACAAAUUUUAAUUAUUCUUUAUGCUACUUGUCCAAUCUCUCCUUAUCUCCGUUUCCCUUCCCCCCCCACCAAUUACCCUAGAUUUCUUCUCUCCUUCUGAAAGAAUAAUGGUUACUCUGUUGAUUUGUUGCCUAGAUGAU